UAUUUAUUUAAAAGCAAACGUUUUUUGGCAACACUUUGCUUUGUGCAGUUACGUUUUAACGAGGAUGUCAACAAAUUGGCGAUAUUAAAGAGCAUUUCAUGUGAAUUAUUACCUGUUUAUCUCAAAAAUUAGAAUGCCACCUUCAAGUGGUUCCGAAGAAAGUUCAAGCCCUCGUAAAUUGAGCCCAUUUGUAUUUUGGGCUCAAACGCAAAACAAGAUUUCACUUCGUAUCAGUCUGCAUGAUGUUUCGACUCCUGUAAUUAAUACAACUAAGGAUGGUAUGGAAUUUUUUGCCCAUGGUGUUGGAGCAAAUGAAGGACGAAAUGAAUAUUACUUCAAAUUCGUGUUUUUUAAGCAUGUCAAUCCUGUAAGUAUAACUGAAAUUUUUAUUAGCAUUUUUAAUUUAUAUUCUUGGGUGGAAAAUCAAUUGUUAUGAAACA